AUGAAACAUUGUAUAACAGUUCUGCCCAAAGUCUUAGUAGAAUUUAAGAGAGCGGAGUGGAGGAUUGAGGGACAAAACUGGCUGCAAAGAUGA